AUGAAGAAGCAAGUGACGGAGAAAGUUUCGUACCCACAACAAGACCAGAGCCGCGUGUACGACACCGCAAGACCAGAGCCGCGUUGUCGCUUAAGAAUCCCUCGUUCCGUCUGUCGCCUCUUGCCACCACCACCGCCAUCACCCCGUGCCGUAGAGUGCCGCCAGGGCUCUGGCCACUGCCGCCAGGGCUCUGGUCACUGCCGCCAGGGCUCUGGCCACUGCCGCCAGGGCUCUGGCCACUGCCGCCAGGGCUCUGGUCACUGCCGCCAGGGCUCUGGUCACUGCCGCCAGGGCUCUGGCCACUGCCGCCAGGGCUCUGGUCACUGCCGCCAGGGCUCUGGUCACUGCCGCCAGGGCUCUGGCCACUGCCGCCAGGGCUCUAGUCACUGCCGCCAGGGCUCUGGCCACUGCCGCCAGGGCUCUAGUCACUGCCGCCAGGGCUCUGGUCACUGCCGCCAGGGCUCUGGCUCUGGUCACUGCCGCCAGGGCUCUAGUCACUGCCGCCAGGGCUCUAGUCACUGCCGCCAGGGCUCUGGCCACUGCCGCCAGGGCUCUAGGGCUCUUGUCACUGCCGCCAGGGCUCUGGUCACUGCCGCCAGGGCUCUAGUCACUGCCGCCAGGGCUCUGGCCACUGCCGCCAGGGCUCUAGUCACUGCCGCCAGGGCUCUAGUCACUGCCGCCAGGGCUCUGGCCACUGCCGCCAGGGCUCUGGCCACUGCCGCCAGGGCUCUAGUCACUGCCGCCAGGGCUCUGGUCACUGCCGCCAGGGCUCUGGUCACUGCCGCCAGGGCUCUAGUCACUGCCGCCAGGGCUCUGGUCACUGCCGCCAGGGCUCUAGUCACUGCCGCCAGGGCUCUGGUCACUGCCGCCAGGGCUCUGGUCACUGCCGCCAGGGCUCUGGGUGGGUCAACCCUGAACACUUCACAGUGGGUUAACAUGAACACUUCACAGUGGGUCAACAUGAACACUUCACAGUGGGUCAACAUGAACACUUCACAGUGGGUCAACAUGAACACUUCACAGUGGGUCAACAUGAACACUUCACAGUGGGUCAACAUGAACACUUCACAGUGGGUCAACCCUGAACACUUCACAGUGGGUUAA